CGUCCCUGAAUGCGUCGCAGCCUGUCCCGCAAAGUGAGCUAACGCUAGCUGCAGCACUUUAGCCGGGAGGGAACCGCACUAACAUGACACAAACGUCCGCUGUGAGCGGCUGUGAAGACAAGAGGGCGUCGCCGCUGAGCUAGACAAGCAUAGCCGAGAUGAGUCGCUUCUGCUCGGACAACAACAACUUCCCCUACGACAACAAUGUUCUGGUGCUGGACAUGGUGCUGGGCUCCCUGUGGGGGGUUCCUCAGCCCAUCAACUGGGACAACGUGGCCAAACUGGUGCCGGGCUUCACCGGGAAGGAGUGUUCCCGACGCUUUGAGGAGCUGAAGUCUAGUGGCUCUUUCCCUCGUGUGGACAACCAGUGUAACGCGCUGCCCGGAGCUGCUGGCUCACCAGCUGAUGGCACCACGCUGGACGCGGGUCAGCUCACGGAGACGGGGCGCGAGGAAGUGACAGUCACCAAGACGAAACCGUCGGGGAGUGUUGGUGCUGCAGAGAGUAAAGACAAAAAACUGUCCCCGAAAGAAAGUGAAAAACAGCAGAAACCAAAAGACCCCAACAUGGUGAUCCAUGUGUGCGACGAGACCAAGAACCUAAAGCAGGACUUCACCUGUCCCCGAGAUCUUUUAGUCAAAGAGAUGCGCUACUUUGCUGAGUAUCUGUCGGUGGAGCCUCAGAGGUGGGAGGAGGUGGACAUCUCCGUCCACUGCGACGUCCAGAUCUUUGACUGGCUCAUGAACUACGUCAGACGGAACUCGGCCGGAGAGGGGGGUCGGGACAAACCUCGGCUCGAGCCCAGCAACGUCAUCUCAAUCCUGAUCUCCUCCGAGUUCUUGAAGAUGGACACAUUAGUGGACGAGUGUGUGCAGUACUGCCACAAACACAUGAGCGCCGUGGUGGCCACGCCCUGCAACAUGAACUGCAUCAACAGCAACCUGGCCAGCAGGAUCGCUGAGCUCUUCAGCCACAACGAGGCCGACGACAUCAGAGACAAGAAGGACAAGUUCAAGAGCAAACUCUUCCAGAAGAAGAUUGAACGUCUCUUCGAUCCCAACUUCAAGAGCCGCGAUUCCCCCAGAAACGCUUCCACCCUCUACAGGUGCGGUCUGUGCUUGAAGUUGCUGACCAGAGACACAGAGAGGAAGAUCGCUUGUGUCCCUGGGAAGAUCAACAUCGACGACCGGGGCGAGAUCGUCUAUACACACUCCAGGCAGAAGGACUGGGACCCGCACGAGUUCCUCAGCAGUCUUCACGAGGAGCUCAAGUCCUGGGUGCUGGUCUACUGGAGGAUCUGGGGGACCAUCAACUACCUCACCUGCUCGCGAUGUCAGCAGGAGUUUGUGUGUGCAGAGCUGACCCACUGCAAGUACCACCCCGACAGCGUUCUGUAUCCCGGCAUGGGGAGUGAAAAGGGCUGGCAGGGUGCUGGGAUCUACCCGUGUUGCAACCAGAGGGUUCUCCGCUUUGACCCCACUGGCGUGCCCCAGGGCUGUAAGACGCGAGACCACAUUGUGAACUUACCCGACGAUGAGGACUGCGACGAGGCGACGGCCGCUCAGAUACGAGUCCUCAACGACCUGCUGCUGCACCGAGAUGCUGUGUGUGUGUCGAGUGCUGAGGCUGCAGAGAGCGUCGAAGAAGCUCCCACCGACGCCGAGAAGGUCCAGGACCCGACCCUCCUCGGAGCCUUGAGAGCAGACAGCGGCACUUUUUCCCUCUUGAAAAACUGGAGUCUGCAGCUGAAGCAACAGUCGGAGGAUGAGGAGUACACCACAGGGUCAGAGGUCACCGAGGACGAGGUGGGAGAUGAAGAGGAGCAGUCGAAGAAGCAAGCAGCCAAAAAGGCCAAGAAAAGCCACCGACCUCUGAAAAAACAGGUUUCUUCCCCAAACCUCCAGCGCAGGGAGAAAACAGAGAAGCCGCGCUGCAGAGACAACACGCCCUUCACGGUGAGUGUUCAGAAGAGCAAGUGGGACAGCGCUCGCUCCAUGCGCUACAACCAGGACGCCCAGAGAGAAGAAGACCAGCGCCGCAUGGCGGAGCUCAUCGGUCACCUGACCAAGAUGAGGUUUGGAGACCAGGAGCAGAACAAGUCCAAGGAGACCGCAGAGCCACCAGGAGGCAUCUACUCCAGGCUGGAGACCCAGUUCAGGAGCUCCACUCAGAGCAAGGCCACGUCUGAGAAGACGGCGCGGUCCAAGGCGCGUUACGCUCAGAUCCGCUCCAGUGACAGAAGUGAGAAGCAGCUCAACUGUUGAGCCUGUGGACUGGAACCUCCUGGGUCAGCGUGGCUGAGGCGGAGAGAAGAUCCCCAACCAACACCACCAGCAGGAGGAGUUGCUGCCUUCUGGACCCGUGCUUCCCUGCCGUCAUCACCAGUCACACUUCAAUGCAUGUGUAAGACGUGUGGGAGGAAACCAGAGUGCCAAGAACACGUCCACAGAGAGGAGCGGAGCUGGUUCACUCUGCAGUACUAACCAGUUCUCCAUCGCAUUCAUCACGUUUUGCUCAACGGCACCUCAACAGUGACGCGACCGAGGAUUCACCAAUAAAUAUU